AAUAAAAAAAUCGCAAAAAUAAAAAAUCCAUUCUAAUGUACAGAAACGUGAACUUAAAUAAUUUGCGAAAUUUCUUUAUAGAUUCAUUUCAAUAUAAAAAAAUUAUUUAUAAGAGAUAAAAUAAAUACCAAGUUGGUAAGAAAAAAAUGUAACUUUCUCAGAAUAGAUUAUCACUAUUGCUGAGUAAAACUGUGUAACGAGCCGUUCCUCCACUACCGCUUGAACGGAGGUAAGGCCGUUACCCCUACCUCGCUCGCUCCCUCCGCUCUUCUCUCUUUCCCUCACCACCGAGUGGAGGGUAUAUAAGCCCUCCACUCGCGACGGAAGACAGAGCUUCCCCGGCCUGCGAAGUGAGCAGACCGUUCCUCCUGGUGUACUGAGCCAGGCAUCCUCGAGCGCAUAUUGAGCGCCGUCACCUAACCUAGCGAUCCUACCCGGGCACGCAGUGAGUGCCUUCCUGGCCGCGUAUUGAGGGGCCGCACACCGCCACGCUCCGUACCCGAGCUCUCGGCCGCGCACUGAGCGGUCGCCGUCGUCCCGACCCGGGGACUCCGCGCUGAGGAGGAACCGACUCCGCGACCGGUCACUACGCGUGGUGACAACAACGCCGACGAGCGAACAGCUGAUGCGCCGAACAGCUGACACCGGGCACCGUGCCGACGACCGCGCCGAUUCACUGCGCCGCUAGCGUUAGGCCUUAGGGCCGUCGCACAACACCGCACCGCUGCCGCCGAUACCACACCCGCCGCCAAUCACCGCGCCGACCGACCGGCGCGCGCGCCGCCGCAGCCUACCGAGGCAUUAAGCCGACACCGAUCACACGCACCGCCGCCGUAGCCAAUCAGCGCACCGAAACUCAGCGUGCGUAGACACACCGCGACACAGUCGCCAGCGUAUCACACACACCUCGCACUACGGCCGGUAUUCAUAGUCCAGACUCAAGCAUUCUCUUAAGAUUUUCUUGAUUAAGACCAUCUUGUUUGUAAAAGCUCGACUUAAGACAUUAUGUAUUCAUAGUUUUAAAAUAAGACGAUCUUUAUAAAGAAAUUGACACUUUCUUUUGCUUAAGAUUUUCUUACUGAAGUUAACGCUUAAGAUGAUCUUAUUUUACUUUCGGUAAUCUUCGGGAUUUUUCUGAUGUAUCAGCCAAUGAAGUGUUGUGUUUAAAUUAGAAAAAAUUCUGCAAGUUCACGUCUACACGUUUUUAUUAUUAAUGUAUUAAAUUUUGGUGGAUUUCUUUCUGGCGCCGCAUUAUUACAUAUUUAAAAAUUAUUAUUUGAAAAAUGGCAAGUAAUAAGAAACAUUAUACUGAUGCAGAAAAAAAAUUUUUUUUACGAAUUUUGGUAAAAUAUUCGCACAUUAUCGAAAGAAAAAAAAGUGAUGCCACAACCUUAAAAGACAAAGAAGAAGCAUGGAACCAGAUUUGUGAUUCAUACAAUUUAUCGUCUAUUAUUACAAGUAAGAGAAGUAUUCAACAACUUAAAAAAUUGUGGAGUAAUCUAAAAUCAACACAGAGAGAUGCUUUUACGCAUGAAAAACAAGCUCGUCUGUCAACAGGUGGUGGGCCUGAACCUACAUCUGCUGAAAUUGACCCUGAUAUUGCUGCAAUAGCACCCAAUUUGAUGACAACGGCACCGACAUUAUUUUCAUCAAAUUUAUCAGAUGAAGUAAUACAAGAACGACAACAGAGAAUCUUAAAUGACGAUUGCAUUCCUGAGGAAUUAUUAACUAAAUAUGUAGAAAAUAAAUCAUCUGUUGAUGACAAUUUUAAAGAAGUCACUAAUGAGAAUUUAAUUAUUGUACGUGAUACAGAAGAAUCAAACAGUGAGAUCGAUGAAGCUGAUAAAGAAAAUACUGAUAUAUUAAAUACCAAACAUGCAAUACUUACAAGGGAACGGACAGAACUGUCCCUCACCGAUUUUAAUGAGCUUCGGAUAUGUUGUAGAACAUAAGAAAAUAUUAAACCCAUAUUUUU